AUGACAAACCGAGGUGCACAAAGGGUGUAUGAUACGAAGAAUCUAUAUGGUUUGGCAGAAACAAUUGCAACUCAGAAAGCGUUACAUGCAGCUACAGGAAAGAGGGGAGCAGUAAUUUCCAGAUCCACAUUCGUUUCAUCGGGUCAUUACGCUGGCCAUUGGCUUGGUGACAAUUUUGCUAGCUGGGAUGACUUGAAAGUUUCAAUUAUUGGUGUGCAGGAAUUCAACUUAUUUGGAAUCCCAUAUACUGGAGCCGAUAUCUGUGGUUUUAACGGCAAUACGACAGAGGAACUCUGCUUACGAUGGCAACAACUGGGUGCUUUUUACCCGUUUUCCAGGUUCUUUUUUUAUUGUUAUAGAUCUGACGUUUGA